AUGAGAGAUAUCAUAUUUGUCACGGGGAAUGCUAACAAGUUAAAAGAAGUCAAGAUGUUAUUAUCAUCUGACUCCACCUCAUCGAUUAAUGUGAUCAAUAAAGCAUUAGAUUUAGAUGAGUUACAAGACACUGAUUUGGUCAAGAUUGCCAGAGACAAAUGUAAGCAAGCAAUGAAGUUCCUUGAACCAGGCCAAGAAGUCUUUGUGGAAGACACUGCGUUGGCGUUUGACGAAUUCAAUGGAUUACCAGGUGCAUACAUUAAAUGGUUUGUGAAAAGUAUGGGGCUGGACAAAAUUGUACAAAUGUUGGAUUCCUUUCCAAACAAGGGUGCAAAAGCAAUCACCACUAUUGCAUACGCAGACAAGAACGGUGAGAUCCAUGUGUUCCAAGGUAUCACACAGGGGAAUAUCGUACCAAGCCGUGGCUCAUUAAAUUUUGGAUGGGAUUCAAUCUUUGAACCUAUUGAGACUAAUAAUUUGACAUAUGCAGAGAUGUCCAAAGAGGAGAAGAACAAAAUCUCCCACAGAUCCAGAGCAUUUGAACAAUUCAGAGAAUAUCUGGCCACCGCUGAGUAA